AUGACGAGCAAUACACCGCGAAACGGACGCGUGAGACGCAACAAUCAACAACCACCGCAACAACCACAACAAUCACGAAUGGGUCACCAGUCAUCUGGACAAGGGUCACAAGAGCAGAUAGGUAUGAGCAACAUGAGCAGAGAUUCUGAGGGCCAGCGCGCACCGUACGGUUUCGUACCAUUUGGUGUCCCACAAAAUCCAGGUGUGCGGCCCACGUAUUAUACCGGGUCGCCAAUGCCUCCACCGCCUCAAACGCCUUUUGACACAGCAUAUGGCUCCUCGCUACUUCCGUCGCAUUUGCUUAUGGGCUCGCCCUUCAUUUCUUCUCCAAUGCAUCCACAAGGCAGCACGCCGCAGAUGAUGCGAGGCGGCCAUUAUACAUCAGCUCCCGCCCUAGCCAUGCCUCCAUCCGGCGGAAAAUGGCAUGACCGGGGCAAAUCAUCGUCUUUCAAAUCAAAGGGAAGCGUUAAAAGUCGAUCUGAACCCUAUUCUCUUCAUUUUUUACCAGCUCUGCCGAAUAAAGGCGACGACGAACACCGUACGCGCUCCCUUCUUUUCGAUAACAUGAACUCUGCUAUCACGUUACAUCAAUUUCUGUCUCAUUUCAACAGAGCAAGCCGCGUGGAAAGUGCGUACAUUGUUGAGACUGGGGAAAAGAAAUCCAUUUUGGUCAAUUUCUUGACGCGAGAUGCAUGUUUGGAUUUUUACAACAGCAUCCUUCAAAAACUCUCAGAAUUUAAGAAGGAGCUUGACUCUAAACUUUUAACGCUGAACUUUAUAUCUGUCGAAAAGAUCAAUUCGGGGCUCUCUUUGCGAGAUGUGAAAAUUGAAGUUUUGAGGAGAGGCGCGACAAGGUCUUUGGCGGUGGAAUUUGAUAAAGUGGUGACAAAAAAUGAGCUGUGCUCAAAAUUCGAUUUUCUGAGUGCGUCAAACUCACGGUAUGUUGUGGAGGCAGUUGAUGUGGUAAAUACUAGCCAUUCUAGCAAACAUUUCGGUGAGCAUUACGCGAUUUUCCAUUUCAUCAGCAUCGGUAUGGCCAUCGAAAUUAUGGACCACCUCAAGACUCAACGCAGUAAGCUCGGCCUACGGAGAAUUUUCUUCGUAAACCAUAGCCAUAAAACUACUAAAAACCAGCUCAUGUCCAACACAAUGCUGGACGGAGAAUGUGCCAAUGAACCUAGCCCUGAAGUUAGCUUCGAAAGCGAUUUCUCGUUAGUGAACGAUAAGUUUCACAAUGUCUCGCUAGAAUUGCAAGCUGUUGUUAUAAAUCCCAAAGAUUACGGUCCCCCCGAUGUUGAAGAGCAUUCACAUCAUCUGCCUCAGUUUUCAGUCGCCAAAGCCGUCGGCAGCAACAGCGCGUCGACUGACAGCGUGAACCAAGAUUUUACGAGUACAGCACCUCAGGAGGUGUAUGUUGAAAGUAGAAACGCAUCGGUGUCAUGCGAAACUUUGGUUUCUCUGGCUUCCCAAGAGAAUAAUAAUCAAUCGUAUGCUCCGCCAAACUACCCAUAUUUCUUUGACGUCGGUAAGCCCCUGAGAGACACUCUGCAGCAGCAGUUUAAUGCUACCGCCCAAGUGGCUACCGUCAUGGGUGGUGGAAUAGGAAAUAGAACGGUUUACAUUGGGAACAUCAGCCCACGUUCCAAGGCCGAGGACGUUUGCAAUGUCGUGCGGGGUGGGCUUUUGCAAAGUAUCAAAUUCAUUGAAUCUAAGCGCAUUUGUUUUAUCACUUUUAUUGAAACUGCCGCUGCUGUGCAGUUUUUCGCCAAUUCAUCUAUUGAACCUAUCGUUUUGCAUGGAAAUAUUUUGAAAGUUGGUUGGGGUCACCAUCCAGGUGAUCUACCGCAAUCGAUUGCCCUGGCGGUGACGGUAGGCGCAAGUCGAAACGUUUAUGUGAGUUUACCUGAGGUUGCCUUCAAAGAGAAGUACAUCAAAGACCCUCAGUUCAAAGGCUGUAAGGAUCAAUACCGUUUGCCUAGCAAAGAUGAUUUGAGAAUGGAUUUUUCGACAUAUGGGGAGAUUGAACAGAUAAACUUUUUAGAUGACGGACAUUGCUGCUGGGUUAAUUUCAUGAAUAUCACGAAUGCCAUUAGGUUGGUCGAAGACGCAAACGAUACAAACAACAAAGAAAACUUUUCCAAGCGUUUCAAUGGUAGAUACGAAGGACUUAUAAUAGGUUACGGGAAAGAUAGGUGUGGCAACGUUAACAAGAACUUGGUGGCUAAUAAAAACUCCAAGUUUUUCAAAAAGAUCAAAAAGACAAGCCAUAAUAUUAGGCUGCAGAAACAGCAAGCUUUUAAUGAACGCUUCAAUCAUGAUAAGGAUUCUGAAUUCGCAAGUGAAGAUCACAUCAAGUCCUUCAAAACAGAUGCUUUUGGGAUCACCAUGAAUGGAAACAUUGAGGGCAGAGACUCCGAUGAAGAACAGAGAAUAGAGGAAAGUGAGCUUUUGCUUUUGUCGGACGCCAAUAACGAAAAUCAAAGUGGUUUGGGUAUAACAUUAUUGCAAGAUUCUUCGCAAACCUCGGUGGGCAAGAAUUUAUCUGACGAGUUUUCAAAUGAUCCUUCUGAUAAUCGCUCGGAGUCUUCGCCGUCGUCAGAGGUUGGACCAUUGAUAAGGGCUACGCAAGAUAAAGCCAACUUGACCGAAAAUAAGAACGGCUUGUCUGCAUCUGAUGACAGGUCAAAAGAGCUCUCCAAGAAGAGAGGACAAAAUGACAAAUCUCAAAGUCAACAAAAAAUAAACGCACCAGUAACAAACUCUUCACUGGAAUAUGCGCCUCCUUUAGCGCCUUCUACUGUUUCUCGGCAGUACUUUGCUGCCUCGAACAGUCGAAGAGACAGCAAAAACAGUGCGAUCCAAGCAAAGAAUGGGAGCGCGAAAUCAGACACGGUAUCACGUCGCAAUCGUCACCCAAAAGCCAUUCCCGGGUCAGACGUGAUGGCGCAAUAUUUGGCUCAGUUACAGCAUUCAACCUUCAUGUACGCGGCGAACAUCUUAGGCGUGGAUGGAGAAGAAGACGCGCAAUUACAGGAUCGCGAUUACUCGCCUGGUACAUAA